UUGAAACCGAGGCUAUGAAGUAGGCCAUGACAUGUAGGCCGCCACGCCAUCCAAUCGAUCGAGACAGGACAUUCUUGUCUCGCUGAGUCCCGAGUCCCGAGCAGUUGUGAAAUUUGCUACAAGAAAUAAAGUCGGUGACACAGGACUGUCCUAUUCCCUGGAAAGUGCUGUCUGUGAUGAUAUUUAUGGAGAAAUAUAGCCACCUACCGCAUUAGAUAGAACAAAACUGCCCCAAGGUUGGUGGUGCCUGCUGCUACUGCUAUCAAGGUCGUGAGGCCUGCACUGUUGUGUUGACCUCAUUUUCCUCAUCUCGCGAUUCUUAACUACCGUAGUGUAUUUUUCUCUCUCCUGUAGUCCCUUGGUUGUUUCUUAACUGUAACUAGAUCUAGAUCUAUACUGCCUAAUGUCGAAUGUUGGAGCUCUCAUCGAAGUGGAUGUUGAUCCAAAUUGGAUAGAAAACAUUAUUUGUGCAGUGGAAAGUAAACCAUGUUUGUACAACAAGGCUGAUGUAGACUAUAAUAAUCGAGACGUAAAAGCCAACGCAUGGACAGAAAUAUGUGAAACAAUCGUCCCAGGAUGGAAAGGCAUGUCUGAUCUACACAGAAAACUAAAAGGCAAAGAGGUUCAGCAACGGUGGACCAAUCUGAGACACUGUUUUCAGAGGGAAUUACGGGAACAGAAGAAAACCUUGCCCGGACCAGCCGCAAAGAGGAGAAGGAAAUACAUCUACUACGACCGGCUUCUCUUUCUGUUGCCUACACUAGAACAGAGAGAAACAACAGUGAGCAAUGGUCAGCCCGACGAAGACAAAGACGAAAUCGCUGAACCGACGGAGACGACCGAGUUACCAGGGGACGUGGCCAAAGAGCCGCUCGCACCCAUCACAUCCGCUGCAUGUGAUUGCAACACGGCUCCGAAAACUUCAAAGAAGAGGAAACGUUACUCCUCUGACUCUGGCACUUCAUGUGAACAAAAACUGUUGGACAUUUUAAGGGAAAGAGUCCACAAGACUGAAGAAAUUGAUGAGGAUAAAUUAUUUCUUCUUAGCUUUCUGCCUGCCAUGAGACGAAUGUCAUCAGAGACAAAGUUUGAAGCUAAAAUGGAGAUCUUGAGAAUCAUGCACAUGUUCGAGCUCGGUGAUCAUUCAUGACAGCCAAGUCCUGCCAGAGACACAAUUAAUUCAAUAACAUGCAACUCCACAACAAGUUGGGGUUUCCAAAGUAACUACUCACACUCACAUGAAUGAAAGCUACUCAACAGCUCCUCAAAAAA